AUGGUUGAAUUCAAUGGGAGCUUUGCCUCCCCUCUGGCCGACGCCAGCGUCGUGGCUCAACUCGCCGGGCCCUCCGGCGCAUUGUAUAAUUUUCUCAAUGGGUUGACCGUCUGGAGUGGCCUUCUCUACUUGUUCCUCGCAGCCGUUGUCUACGAUCAAGUGAAAUACAUUUAUCUCAAAGGCUCAAUCGUCGGCCCGGCAAUGAAAAUCCCCUUCAUGGGGCCCUUCCUUGACUCGAUGGACCCGAAGUUUCAUGAAUAUCUUGCCAAAUGGAACAGCGGCAGUUUGAGCUGUGUAUCGGUAUUCCACAAGUUCGUCGUGAUCGCAUCAACCCGGGAUCUCUCUCGCAAAAUCUUCAAUUCACCGAUGUAUGUCAAGCCAUGUGUUGUCGACGCCGCUCACAAGCUUCUUGGUGCAACAAACUGGGUAUUCCUGGAUGGCAAGGCCCACGUUGAAUUUCGCAAGGGCCUGAAUGUUCUUUUUACACGUCAUGCUCUUUCGCUUUACCUACCUGGUCAGGAUGAGGUUUACGACAAGUAUUUCAAGCAUUGGGCAGGUGUCUCUGCCUCCAAUGACUUGAAGCCCAUUCCAUUCAUGAGCGAAUUCCGAGAGUUCAUGACUGCCAUCUCAUGCAAAACGUUUGUCGGAGACUACAUGACUGAUGAUACUGUCAAGAAAAUUGCGGAUGACUACUAUCUAAUCACUGCUGCCCUCGAGCUUGUUAAUUUCCCCAUUAUCAUUCCCUUUACCAAAACAUGGUAUGGAAAAAAGGCUUCCGAUAUGGUGCUGGAGGAAUUCCGCAAAUGUGCCGUGAAGAGCAAGGCACAUAUAGCUGCUGGUGGAGAGGUCACUUGUAUCAUGGAUGGCUGGGUCAAGGCUCAACAAGAAUCAGCUAAAUAUCGCGAAAAACUUGCCAAGGGAAUACCCGUGGACGACUCAGAAAAGCCUGCAUCGGUUCUUCGUGAUUUUACGGACUAUGAGAUCGCUCAGACUGUGUUCACUUUCCUUUUUGCGUCCCAAGAUGCUACUAGCGCCGCGUGCACCUGGCUCUUCCAGUUGAUGGCCGAUCGACCCGAUAUCCUCGACAAGGUUCGCGAAGAGAAUUACAAACUGCGCAAUGGUGAUCGUAACGCGCCCCUCACCAUGGAUCUACUGGAAAACAUGACCUACACUCGUGCGGUUGUAAAGGAGACUCUACGCUACCGUCCUCCUGUCAUCAUGGUCCCUUACAUUGCGAAGAAGGAUUUCCCUAUUACGGAGACAUAUACUGUACCGAAGGGUUCAAUGAUCAUUCCCUCUGUUUAUCCCUCUACUCAUGAUCCCGAGGCUUACGAGGACCCCGACACUUUUAACCCUGAUCGUUGGAUUACAGGUACUGCUGAAAGUCAAUCCAAAAACUGGCUCGUGUUCGGCACUGGUCCUCACUACUGUCUCGGACAGACAUAUGCUACUCACAACCUUAUGGGUCUGAUUGGCAAGGCUAGCAUGCAUCUCAAUUGGGAGCAUCACCCUACUCCUCAAUCAGAGGAGAUCAAAGUUUUUGCCACGAUUUUCCCUAAGGAUGAUUGCCAUCUUGUCUUCACCCCACGUGAUUAA